AUGUAUAUAUUUUAUUUAUUCUUAUUAAUUAACUGUGGAAAAGGUACUUUUGGUAUUUCGAAUAAAAUUUCUCAAGAGGUGGACAAUUACUUUCGUGAUGAAAACAUUCGUUCUUUCCAUGAAAAAUGGGAAGUUCACAGAGCUUCUGUGGAAAAUUCAUUAGAACUGGCAAUCAAGGAGACAUUUGGAAAAGCAGGACUUAACGUCUACAUCAAAAGCGUUGAUGAUACACACAAGGUGUCAGAUGGUUUUCUCAUCAACGACAAGGUGGUCAAUGUCCUCUUCAGAGAUAUGCAUCUGACUCAAUAUCCUUAUCUGAGGAACCCCCGAGUGUGGUUCCCCUUAGCGUCGAACGUGCUCAGAGUGCAGACGUCAGUGAGCAAGAUGUUCAUCGACUCGAGUUAUCUGCUCUUCAGAAGCUUCAACGAUGUCGUGUAUCCUUCCAAUAAGGAGGAGGAGGAGGUUAGCUCCCCUUUUGCCCGACAACAGGUGCAAACGAAAGGGCAGGCCACCAUUAUAGCGGAAUACUGCAAUUUAUUCGGAGACGCCGUAGCAACGCUUCAGGGCGAGUCAGUUAACUUGGGGUAUGAAAAUUUCGAGCUAACCAACUGCAAGUUUAGUAUUGAGAUAUCUACUCCAGGGCUUGGUUCUCCCCCUCUGAUAGUUCCCUACUUCUCAAACGAACAAGGAGUACAACUGGAACGGCUUCUCAUGACGACGUUGCGUACCGAACUGAUGGUAAAGCUCCAAGCAGCUGUGCACAGCUGUGUGAACCCCACCCUCGCUCUAGGAAGCCUCUUACCAGAGGUUCGGAAGCUGCAACGUAGAAUUUUUAGAAAUGUCAAUGAUUACGAAACUGAAGUUAUAAGAAAUUUAAAUAAAUUGACAACUGAAAAGAAUAUUGCUUCAGAAGAAUGGAGAAAUUACAGAAUAACUUGGCAGGAUAAGAUUAACCAAAAAGUAGAGUCAUAUAUUGUUAGUUUAACUAACAUGACAAUAAGCGGUUUGGAUUCCGCAUACAACGGGCAUACUGGUGGCCCAGUGAAAACUGAUGUAGUCAACAUUUAUGAAGAUUUGCGGUAUAGUGGCAUUCAGAUACGCGGAUUAGGUUUCAUACGGAUGGAUGAAUUUGAACAGAAUUUCAUGUUUUCUGGUGAAAUCCAAGAUGUAAUAUGCAAAGGAACAAUGCAAGUCGGUACUACCGACGAAAACAUUUCGGAACCCAUAAAACUAAAAACAAAUGAUUCUACAGACAAUAGUAUCGCGAUGAGCUCUUGGAGAAAUCUGAUCAUCAGUGGACCGACGUUCCCAUCCUUGGACACAUACUCAUUCAUAACUGGCGUCUUAUUGAACCGGUUACCUGUCAUCAUAAAUAAACAUUUAUCGAAAAAUUUCGAGAAUGCUAUACAAUAUACAGAAACACCAUAUGACAUUCAGCCAUCUCAACUAAAUACAGAUGAUGAUAUGGGUUCAGCCGGGGAACAAGAUCUAAGCGAGGAGAACAUUAGUUCAUCUGGGAUUGAGGCCAAGGAUUCUCCCCAAGAAAUAAUUUCAGAGAACGACAAUGCUCUUGAUCCAAGAGCAAUUAGAGAAGAUAUGAAGAGACCUGACGUGAUCGAAUGGGUACCGGCUACACCAGCGACGGCAAUGAACUACUCCCAGCGGGCGUUCGUCGCAGGAGAAGAAGACGGCAGCCCUCUCUGGUGCAUCAGGGGGUAUGCCGAGGGUGAACUUUGCACUGGAAAGCUGGCUAUCAAAAGCCAUAUAGCUUCUAUCGGGUUCAGUUACAAAGAAUAUCUUAUUGAGAUCUUUGAGAUUCUGCUUGCAAAACCAACAUCUGUAUAUUGGCUACCCGACAGCAAUGGUCGAGCGCCUUUUAAAGCAAUCCCUGCAGGAAAAACUCUCAGAGGCGUUAUCUUGUACAUAUGCAGAGUCACACACGAAGACUUUCUUAUACCUGGAAAGUUGAACCCCAAUGAUGGCUAUUGUUACAUUCCAUUCCGCCACAAAGAGCUUUCUUUCAAAAAGUACGAGGUCCUAUGUGGUAUUGCCAAUUGA